AUGGAAGAUAGAGGAGAGAGAGUAUACCUAAAUUUGAGGAAGAGAGGAGGGGUGAGAGAAAGAGUGGGAUGGAAGAAGAUAGAGGGUAACAGUGAUAUUGAUCAACUGGGAAAGAUCUUUGCAGCUUUUGGGACUCCCAAACCAUCUCAGUGGGCUGAUAUGGUCUACCUCCCUGAUUAUGUUGAAUACCAGUAUGUUCCUGGACAGCCUCUUCGGACACUGUUUCCAAUGGCCAGUGAUGAUGCCUUGGAUCUAUUAUCAAAGAUGUUCAUGUAUGACCCCAAAGCUAGAAUUUCCGCACAGCAGGCAUUAGAACACAGGUAUUUUUCAUCAGUACCACCACCUACGGAACCAGCUUUGCUUCCAAGACCUCCUCCAAAGAGGGAGUCACUUAAUUCUAAGGUUUCAGAUUUCAAUCCACAGGAGGGUCCUACAGUGUUGUCUCCUCCAAGAAAGUCAAGAAGAGUGAUGCCCAUUCGUGAGAGUUUUGAAGGAAAUGCACACCAAGUACAUAAAACUGAUGAUCAUGGAAAUGAAAUCAAACAGGCAGCUCGCGGGAGGAGUGAGCAUAUACCAAUGUCAUUAGAUUUUUCUGUCUUUGAAGCGAAACCUCCAACAAGACCAACAAUUAAUAGGUAAAACAAUAUUUCUGUAACUCUAAUUAGUCAGCAACCAUUCUUUUGUCCCUUGCAAGCUUCAAUUCACCACCUAAUAAAAUGGCAGUUUGCCUUGAGUAUAGAGUUCAAGAUGUUUAGUGUAAUUAUGGUCAAGAUUUUCUAAUGGUAAGAGUGGAUAAAAUUUGGCUUAUAAGCAAUACCUAUCAGAAGGGAAAAAAAAUGGUUACUCGUUGUACGGUUACGGAAGUUGGCACCUGGCAACCCAAGUGGAAGCACAUUUUGCCUUUAGUUCU